AUGCCCCUAAAGUGGGCUGCGAGAAACAAGAAGCCACCAUCUGCGCCGCAGUCGUGCGCAAGCAAGCCGUCCAGUGCGUCGCAGUCAUCCUGCGUUGACGAGCGCAUCAGCGCGACGCCGCGGAGCUCGAUCUCGUCGAAUUCAAGCCCUAAUUCCAAAAAUAAUAUGUCGCGUCAUUCGCACUCCAAUGGAUCUGUUUACUCAGAUGAAACAACAUUGAAGACAGCCCAAACCCACUACACACAACAAGGCCAACAGGCAAAGCCGCAACAGCACACGCAGCAGCAGCAGCAGCAGCCACAGACGCCGAUGCAGUUACAGGUGCCGACGGGGCAAGCGCACAAGCGGACGCUGACAUGUGAGGACAUGAAGGCGGGUGCGCGCUGCGAGGAGCAGGUGUCGCCCUGCUCGCAGCCGGCGGGCUCGCCGGUGCGACGUGGAGGCGGGCUGAACGGGGAGACGUACGACGGGACUGUGUUUCGGCUCGGGUGGGUGAACAAGGCGCAGGGCGCAGCGCCGGCGCGCGAGGGGCGAUACAGCCACCAGCCAACAGCGUCACUGUCUUCGAUCGGAUCGGAGCGGCCGCACUUCACGGGAGGGGGGACGAGCGGGUACCAGUAUGUCGCGACUGCGUACCGGUUGCACCGUGCGCAGCUCAAGGGCUGCAUCCUGAAUCUGUACAAGUCGGGCCUGACGAAUGUGAAGUACUUCGACCCGGCGCUGGAGCCGAGCGCUGCGGCGCUGCAGAUGCACCAGGAGCGACAGGAGAUGCCCCUCCUGCAGCCGCCCCUCCCCUCCGAGGCUGUGCCGGCGCCUUCGAUCCUGGAGGCGUCCAUGGAGAGCGGCGAGCUGCGGCUGGAGUACCUGAGCGAGGCGUACCCUCAUCCGGACCUACAGCUGGACAAGAAGGACGGCAAGAUCCUUUCGGGGUCGCUGGAGUCGCUGUGCCACGCCGUGCUGUUCAUGCCCACGACUGACGCGAAACGGGUCACAGACAUCUUGUUGCUCCUGCCGCUCCUGGACGACUUCACGCGUGUCCUCAACUACUUCAACCUGUUCGGGAAGGUAUUUUCGAAGCACCACCCGGCGGGCGCGGCGGGAGCCGAUGACCUAAAUCAGAACUACAACAUCAGCAACGAGACAGACCGCCAAUUGACGCUGCGGCUAGCCACAGUGGUCCAGACAGUGCUGGACAUGUUCCCGGGCUUUCUGCUGGACGACAAGAUUUUCCAGUCCCUGGUGAUACUACUCGAUACGAUUUCCUUCCACGAUGAAGACACGUCGCAGGAGCUGAAGGUGGCGAUAGCGGAGAAACAGACGGUACUGGUCAAGCUGACCGGCUUUGCAAAUGAACCCAUCCAGUCCGCGAAACUCGAUGUUUUAAUAAAGGUGCAGAGCUUCCUGAAACUUGAUACCGAGAAGGUUGCCAACCAGAUUCACAAGAUCAAUCUAACCUUUAAUAGGGUAUGGAGCCCACAAGCCGAUUAUUCCCUACUUUACGACUCUCAAUAUACACAAAAGCACGUGGAACUAAACCCAUUGGUAUUUUUCAACGAUAAAAAUGUACAGUAUUUGAGUCGCUUAAUGGUGUCUCAUAUCUUCUGCGAAGAGACGGGAUUUACGCCGAAGAAACGAGCGGAGGUUUUGACAAAAUGGGUCCAAUUGGGAUGCAAGUUUGAGCGACUUGGGGACAUGGUCUCAUGGCUUGCAAUUGCGACAGUAAUAUGCUCCAUCCCCGUUUUACGCUUGACAAGGACGUGGCAAUAUGUGCCUGACUCUUACUUGAAGAUAAUUUUUAAGGAUUGGGUACCCACGAUUGUCCAGUUGGAUCGCAGGCAAAUGUCCUCCAAGUCGAUGAACAGUGUUUUCAUACUAGCCCCACCUAAUUUAAACGAUGCCUUUGUGAGGGACAAUGUGAUCCCUUACUUUGGCGACUUAGUCAUUCACUCCGAUGAUCUACCCAGAGACAGCAAGUAUAAGUACUUGGAGAAAAAGAUACGCCGCACAAAAAAUGCCUUUUACAAGUGGCAGCAGAGACUAGACCAGGCAUUUGCGCAGGAUAGAGAUUCUGCCAGUUCCUUUACGGACUCCUUGCAUCUUGACGAGGAGGAACAUGAUGUGGCAGAUUUCUAUCAGUAUUGGAGGUUUCACAUGAAUUUGCCACCAAUGAAUAUUGAAACAAUUAUGGAAAUGAGUUUAAAAAUGGAACCCCCUUCUAUUAAUCAACAGACUUAUUCGAAGACAUACUCAACGAGAAGUGCGCUCAUCAGUGGGGCUUAUUUGCCGACCUUGUUUACAACAUUGUUACCAUCAUAUUCCCUGUUUCCACAGGAACUACUGAUUGCAGCUGCAAGCACGCCAUCCACGAAAAAUAAUAACUCAUCUCAAGCCUCUAACCGGAUCAGCCAACUAUCUGUGAAUUCGACACCUCACUCAAAUGCCAGUUCGAGUUCCGCAGCGAGCGCUGUUACCGGAAUUGAUAAUAUCGAUGUGCCAAUUACAAAGGAGAUAUCAUCCAAGUUAUCAAACAAACAGGUUUUACUGAAGUUCAUUAGGGAUAUGUUCAACGUAGAUAUUAACGUUUUCCACAUAUCUGAUGAUGUUAUUUUCAAGUCCAUUCGUGAUUACGAAGCUAAAUCGAGGCCUACUAGUGUCGUUAUUGAAAGUCCCAAGCGGUUGUCGCUUCUUUCUUCGGUCUCUCCUGAUGUAUCUGCUGUCAGCAGUGCAUUGGAAAAUUUGGAUCUGUUCAAAAAUUUUAACUCCAGUUCUGAUGAUAUCGCCGAAUUUACCGUACAGGUGGUGUUGAAAUGUGCAAGCUUGGAAAAGAUUUUUGAUAUCUUGGUCUUAACAAGCCGGGUGUUCUCCAACCUCGUAACAACUACAGAUUUGGUUUCCUAUUUUAAUAGUGAAAAGGCAAGGCGGGAAAAGUCAGGCGCUCAACACAAUGGUCAGCACUCUAUUGGUUUGUUAGAUUUUGCAUUGAUUAGCCUAAUUAUGGAUAAUGAGCUCUUUGCAGAGACCUUUUUUAACAACUACAAAAGUUUUACGACGACGUUGUGCGUACUGGAAAACUUGGCAAAGAGAUUUAUCGGUGCGAAAUCCUCAGCCAUAUCUAUUAGUCUAAUCAAUAAGUUACGGAAUUCUGAAUCAUCCCGGCAGAUACCACCUUCUACUACCUCCAACCAGUUUUCAGCGAGUGGCAUCUUUAAGCCAUCAUAUGAUGAGCUUAAAUUCCCUGUCUGGGAUCUUAAGGUCACCAGCGUCGAAGGCUGUCCGCUAGACUACCUUGCAAAGAUUCAGAUCGGAGUAUUGGAAUCACUAUACCAUUUGAUUAGAGAGCAUUAUGCGGACUUCACCGAUGAUCUCGCUAACAACAAAACCUUUCUGGAUAUUCUGAAGAUCAUUAACCAGGAGGUUUAUGAUGAGUGGGACAAAAGAUUAGAUGACCUAAGGAAUAAUAAUAACAGUAGCCAGAAGAGGAAGAACAGUUGCGAUGAUAAUUCUAGUGCCAAGAUUACUUUCCAUGUUAAUGAUGCUCGACCUGAAAACUCCAAUGAGAAUAAGCGGGGUGCGGCGACGAAUUUGGGGGAUAGCUCCUUAGCAGCAUUGGAAAAACUUCAAUGUACAUUACAGGAUCUAUACGUGAAGAUUAAGUCCUCAUAUCAACGCCAAUUAUAUCGUCCAUUGGGCGUCACAAGAAAUUGCAGGAAAGUUCACGAUAUGCUGUGCCAAUUUCAGCCGCAGACUAGUAUGUCCGCUCUUAUCAUGAAUGGAUCUAGUGACACACUUGAUAAGAUGGUUACCGAAUUCCAGGCCCUGAAACACACCGAUUAUGAUGAUAUUAUUAAUUGGAUUUACAAAUUAGAUCAUUUUAUUACCUCGAAACUAAAGCUUGUUUCGAACCAAGACUGGAUUCAAGUGUCGCAAAUUUUAGAGUCUUUGUCGAAUGAUUCUCUUGUUGCUUUGUUCAAUUAUCCAUUGCAUGCGGAAUCUAAUAAUGUAAUUGCAAGUGGAAGUUCUCAGUUGGAUGAUCUUCAAAUUUUGGAUAUAUUCACCUGGUUAUCAACGCUUGAGAGUGGUUCAGCACACAUUAUUGAUAAGUUCCCUGCUAGCGUUCAGUUGAUAGUCAGACUGCAUUUGUCUCUGACUAAAUUUUUUACUGUGCAUAUUGCCCAUCUGCAUUCUACCUAUGAGGCCAGAGUUAAUACUUGUUCACUUAUCUUGGAGAUACUCAACUUUGUUCAUGUUAAGAAUGCCAAUGUUAAUUUAUUCCAUUCUGAUGAUGCUGGGGAGGGUUCUAUGGCCACAAUUUCGCCACAUGUCCCAUCUUUCAUCGAAACAGCCAUAGAAAACGCCAUCAUAAGUCCAGAAUCCCGAUUUUUUGAGGUUUCAUGGAAGCAAGCCUAUAAGACAAUAUCCGAGAAAGAUGAGAAGUUGACGUUCAUUGGAUCUGUGCUUACCGGGUUAGAUAAAUCGACGGCGCACUUUUUGGAUGCCGAUAACAGGCAGCCUGUUAGGCCCAAGAAUUUUUCGCCUUGCCCGGGUUGGUUUAUCUCUCGUCUGUUGGAGAUCACUGGCCUAGUUCCUAACAUGAGCAUUGAAAAUUCCAAAAUGAUCAACUUUGACAAAAGGCGAUUCAUCAAUAACAUAGUGAUAAACUAUCAAGACUUGAUUCCAAAUACUGAACAGCUUCCGUCUCAUGAUGAUGAAAAAUCCGCACAUCAAUUUGGGUCUAUCCUUUUCCAUUAUGGCACCGAGUCAUCGAUUAAGGCAUUUAGAAAAGCUAGUAAGGAGGCUGCUUCAAAUGAGGCAAGAAAAUUGAAGUUUCAAGCAAUGGGCUUGUUCAAUGAUAUCCUAGUCACUGAAGUCUACAAGGUGCAGAGAGAUCAAAAGAAACAGGAACAGUUAACCGUACAGGAACAUGAGGCAAAAAGAUCAGUCUUGAUUCAACACCCAAACAAAGUGUCUGUCUCUUCGGCUUCAUCUUCAGUCUCUGGGUCUUCCAGUGGCUCUACUGCUAGAACUUCUAAUCCUGCUCAUGCUGCUUACGCGUUAAAUAUGGCCGGGUCCUUAUCAAUUUCAGCUGCCAGACAUGGUAGAAGCUCUGUUUCAUCUAGGAGUUCGGUAAUAUCAAAUACCGCAACUGCUACUUCCCCAGCAAGUGGCGCUUCCCCAAACCAAACCAGCACCUCUCAUCAUGGGGGCAUGGGUAAAAAAAUUGGUGGCUUUUUGAGGAGGCCAUUCUCCAUCAGUGGAUUUACCUCGUCAUCCUCUCAAUAUACCACAACGUCAGUUGUGCUGUCUGGCGUCCAGGCUAACGGCUCUAUAUCCCCAUAUGAGCUACCCGAACUCACUUCCGAAAUACAAGAUACAAAGAUCGUCACUGUCAUCAAGACUUUUGAGAUCAAAUCGUGCAUCCAAAUCAACAACUACAGGCAGGAUCCUGAUAUGAUGCAUUGUUUUAAGAUUGUUAUGGAGGAUGGUACACAACAUACCCUUCAAUGUAUGGACGACGCUGAUAUGCAUGAAUGGAUGAAGGCCAUUACACUCUCUAAAAGAUACUCCUUCCAUUCUAAAAGAUUUAAGGGUAAAACAUCAAAUAAAAUCUUCGGUGUACCGGUAGAAGACGUUUGCGAAAGAGAAGGAGCGUUAAUACCCAAUAUUAUAGUGAAAUUGUUGGAUGAAAUCGAGUUGCGCGGGCUUGAUGAAGUGGGCCUAUAUAGGGUGCCUGGUUCCGUGGGCAGCAUCAAUGCACUCAAGAAUGCAUUUGACGAUGAGGGGGCUGUUCACAACACUUUUACGCUGGAAGAUGACCGUUGGUUUGAAAUAAAUACUAUUGCCGGGUGUUUUAAACUAUACCUCAGGGAACUUCCUGAAUCUUUGUUCACAAAUGAAAAGGUGGACGAGUUCGUUAAUAUCAUGACCGCUUACAAGAACCAUGAGGUUGAUCUAUCCCAGUUCCAGAAUGGUAUAAAGACGCUGCUGAGUACCUUGCCUGUUUUCAAUUACCAUAUUCUAAAACGGCUGUUCUUGCAUCUCAACCGCGUUCACCAGCAUGUUGAGAAUAACAGAAUGGAUGCUAGCAACUUGGCAAUUGUGUUUUCGAUGUCUUUCAUCAACCAAGAUGAUCUUGCCAGUACGAUGGGGCCCACUUUGGGUUUGCUGCAAAUGCUACUACAGCAUCUGAUUAGAAACCCAGAGCAUUACUUCACCUGA